GUUGGCCAGAUGCGAUACGUUAGCCCUGGUCAUGCCGAGCGACAUUCCACUUCUGCAUUCAAAGACAAGACCAGUCCAUGUGUCCCUCCGUCUGGCUUCUUUGUUUGUCCUCUCUUCAGAACUUCACCUCAAUCAAUUCGGUAGCUACAGUCAUUCGUUGCAUCAGUCCUUCGCUCAAUCCCAAGUCCACGACACUCUCUAUUCCUACGCCACUACAUCAUCUCCCGCCGCCAUCUCUCCACAAACCGGAUCUACGAUAACCUAAGCGAUCGCCCCCACGACCCCAUCAAACAAAGCCUAUCAACGAGCAUCAACCAGGGCGACCAACACAGCAUUAUAGAACAGAAGGACUUGUGUAAUAGACAGAGAGAAGGAAUUCAAGGGCUGGCCCAAGGCCUCCUCAUCUCAUAAAUUCAUCCACCCAUGCACGCAAUGAAGCCCUCGAUACGAAGAUCGAUCGGAUCAAUAACCUUAUCGCUCCUGCUCGGCGUACAAUAUGUCCAAGCAAUCAGCCUCGACGUACAAAGCACAGAUUCGAUCAAGUCAGCAGCCAAAAUCGUUGCAGACGAAAUGGUCUCGUACUACACAGGCUACAGACCUGGAGAUGUCCCAGGAAAUCUUCCAGCACCAUAUUACUGGUGGGAAGCAGGAGCAAUGUUCGGAGCGCUGAUAGACUAUUGGUACUUUACGGGCGAUGAUACUUACAACGCAAUCACCACGCAGGCUCUACUUCAUCAAGUCGGUCCCGGCAACGAUUUCAUGCCUCCGAACCAGACCAAAACGGAAGGAAACGAUGAUCAAGCAUUCUGGGGAAUGGCAGCUCUCUCUGCAGCGGAGAACAACUACCCCAAUCCUCCCGAAGAUCAACCACAGUGGCUUGCUUUGGCCCAAGCAGUCUUCAACACUCAAGCGGCUCGUUGGGAUACCACUUCCUGCGGAGGUGGUCUGAAGUGGCAAAUCUUCUCCUUCAAUGGUGGAUACAACUACAAAAACACCAUCUCGAACGGCUGCUUCUUCAAUAUGGGUUCUCGACUGGCGGUCUACACCGGCAACCAGACCUAUGCCGACUGGGCGGACAGAAUGUGGGACUGGUGUAGUGCAAUCGGUCUCCGAAACGACCAGUACUUCUUCUAUGAUGGGAGUGACGACACGCUCAAUUGCACUGCCCUUGAUCAUCUCCAGUGGACGUAUAACGCUGGUACAUUCUUGGUUGGAGCUGCAAACAUGUACAAUUUUACGAAUGGCAGCCAGAUCUGGGAAGAACGAAUCAAUGGCAUUAUUAGCGGUAUCAACACUAUCUUCCUCAAGAACAAUAUCAUUGUCGAACAAGCUUGUGAAGAGGUGCAGACCUGCAACAUUGAUCAGCGCUCGUUCAAAGCAUAUCUUGCCCGAUGGAUAGCUGCAACAAUUGUUAGGGCACCCUUCACUUAUGCUCAAUUGAAGCCGAUCCUAGAAACGUCCGCCCAAGCUGCGGCGUCAGUCUGCACUGGAGGCGAUAAAGGCACAUCAUGCGGGUUGCGAUGGAACUUUGGGUCCUUCGAUGGAAGUACCGGAGUCGGCGAACAAAUGUCGGCAUUGGAGGUUAUACAAUCGAAUCUGAUCACUGUGGCUCCUGGACCAGUCACAGAGGUAACCGGGGGCACCAGCAAAGGCGAUCCUAGCGCUGGAACAACAAGUGACAUCGGUCCAGGAGAUCUGCACAAGGAAGCGGUCACCACCGCCGAUAAAGCAGGCGCUGCGAUCGUGACUGUAUUGAUUUGCUUGGUCAUCAUGGGGGGCGCUUGGUGGAUGGUGGUUUAGACCGGCAUUCAACUGCAUUGAUGGGUUUUAAGAGAACAGGCGACGAGGUGCCAUCGAGGGUUGAGCAACAUCAGAACGGCGUUCUUGCUUGUAAAAUGGGAUCGGUGCUGCAUCGAAGCGAUGGCGUUCAUAGAGAGUGCACUUGAUGAUGUCGACCUUCAGAGUCUGGGGCCUCAACGGCGACAUGAAUUGGACUGGAAGUUCCUGUGUCAGAAUAGCUAGAUGUGCUGAACUGGGUUUGCUCAGCAACCGCCACGAUUGGCAAAU